GUCAGCCUCAUUAUCCGGUUCACUCGCGUGAGCCGCAGCAACCGCCUCGCUCCCUCGACUCCGCGUCUACUAAACCUCCUCCUGGCGUCUCCCUGUGCAAUUCUCCGCCGCUUAGUCUCUCAUUUCUAUGUCGAGCACGCGGUAUGAACCGCUGUUGCACGACCCCGACGAUGAACCAGAGCACGAUCAAAUUCUGAAGAAGCAUACGCUGCAGCCUCUGCACGUCCGUCCGCAGACAUACUAUGGGGACGGGCCGUUCGACGCGCCGAGUUCAGAUGAGGAGGACGAGGCGUUGUUGUUUGAGAAAACAUCCCCGACAAGUCCUAGUGUGGCCGAGCGUGGCAUGGGCGCGUUGCCCAAGCGGGCCAGCUCCGUCCGCCUGCUCGUCAUCGCACUCGCGUCCCUGGUCGGUCUUUCGGCGCUCAUCGGGAUAAUAGCGGCCAAUUCCUACGUCAGCAACACCUACCGCCCGCCCGGUGUGCGCAAAAUCACCAUGGACCACGUCUACAAUGGGACAUUCGCGGUGGACAGACGGAGUCUCGCUUGGGUGCCGGAAGCGGGAGAUGGUGUGUUCUCGAUUUUCGAGGACGGCUAUAUCAAACUGGUUGACCUCAAGACGAACGUCACCAAGGACCUUGUGUAUAUGUUUGACGUGAAUAAUAACGGGCUGCCGCUCUCAUGGGCCACAUGGAAACUCUCUCCGGACAUGAAGUAUAUCCUCGUCAAGUCGGACCAUAAGAAGUUGUGGAGGCACUCCAGCUUCGGGAACUACUACAUCCACGAGAUUGCGUCCAAGAAAACCACGCCGCUCAUUCCACCUACUUAUCCUCCCACGGUGUCCUACGCGACAUGGUCUCCGACCGGCGAAUCCAUCGCGUACGUGACAGGAAACGAUCUUUACAUCCUGCCGUCUCCCUCGGCCAAGGCUCCCAUCCGCCUGACGACAACGGGCUCUACGUCAUUGUUCAAUGGUGUGCCGUCUUGGGUCUACGAGGAGGAGAUCCUCUCGGGCGACCACGCGCUGUGGUUCUCGCCCUCCUCGACGAAGCUGUCUUUCCUGAUCUUCGACGAGAGCCUGGUCGACGAGUACACCUUCCCUAUCUAUAAUCCUACCGAGGACUCGGAUGCCGUCGUCCCAUACCCCGGCGAAGUGAAAAUGAAAUACCCGAAGCCGGGUUACAAGAAUCCGCUGGUCAAGGUCGCCGUGUUCGACCUCGCCCAUUAUCUCGUCGAGCAGAACGCUACGAGCAAGCCCGCGGUGGAGAUUCUUAUGCUCGACUGGGCCGGGCGACACAAGGAGGACGACAGCAUCAUCUCGGAGAUCAAAUGGGUCUCGGAUACCGCCCUCAUCCUGAAGGAGGUCAACAGGAACGCGGACAACGGCAGUGUGGUGUUGUUUGACAAGCUGGACAAAUCGACGUCGCUUCUCUCAUCCAAAAGGGCGCGCGGCAUUGUUGUUCGUCAGCUGGGGAAAGACGGUGAGGAGGGAGAUGACGGCUGGAUCGACAGCUUCCAAAAUAUGUAUCCCCUCCACUCCUCGCUCGUGAGCACCCUUUCAGCUGGCACGUCGUCUGGCGCGUACUUGGAUGUCGUGCCGAGCCCCGAAGGGUACAAUCAUCUGGCGCUGUUCAGCCCGCCCACCAGCUCGAAGCCCAUCUGGCUUACUUCCGGGAAAUGGGAGGUCACCCGCGGCGUCAAGGGUGUUGACCUCGAAAAGGGAAUCGUCUACUUUGAGGCAGCCAAUCCUCUUUCGACGUCCCGUCACCUGUAUUCUGUUGCCCUCCCUUCUCUGAACCUGGCUGCGACUACGAAGCCGAAGAUUGCGGCCCCCAUCGCACUCACGGAUACCUCAGAGUCGGCUUACUACUCGUCCGACUUUUCGCCGGAAGCAGGAUUCUACCUUUUGAGCUACAAUGGGCCGGGCAUCCCUACGCAGUCUGUCAUUCAAGCCAACAACAGCGAUUUCGAGUACAUCCUGACCACGAACGAGCGCCUGGCCAAUGUCACGAUGGAGUACGAAGCACCGACCCGGUCGUUCUCGACCAUCGAAGUGGACGGGUUCGAACUGAAUGUCCGUGAAAUCCGGCCCCCGCGGAUGGACGACAGUGGCCGCACCAAGUAUCCUGUCCUGUUCUACGUGUACGGCGGGCCGUUCAGCCAAAUGGUCGACCUGUCCUUCCAGCGAGGCGAUUGGGCAGAGUAUCUCGCCUGCGGGCACUCGUAUGUCGUCGUGACGGUCGAUGGGCGGGGGACGGGCUUCAAGGGCCGGGCUCUGCGGAACCCUGUCAAGGGCAAUCUCGGAUUCUGGGAAACCAAGGACCAGAUUGAGGCUGCUCGGUAGGCUUCCACAGUUUAUGUGCACAUCGAAGCGCUGACAGUGAAAUCAGCAUCUGGGCCGCGAGGGACUAUGUCGAUCCGAAGAGGAUAGGUGUCUGGGGAUGGUCGUACGGCGGAUUCAUGGCUGCAAAGGUGGUCGAGGCUGAUGCUGGCAUCCACUCCUUGGCCAUGUCUGUAGCGGUGAGUGGUUUCCACCCCUUCCAUGCGCGAUGAUCCUCAAGUCUCGGUGCAGCCCGUGACGAGCUGGAAGAUGUACGACUCGAUCUACACCGAGCGCUACAUGAAUCUCCCUUCGCUGAAUCCGGGCGGCUACGUCAACGCCUCGAUCUCGAACGUGACCGCGUUCGAGAAGGUGGACUACCUGCUCGCGCACGGCAGUGCGGACGACAACGUGCACUUCAGCAACUCGGCGCAUCUGCUGGACAUGUUCACCAAAGCGCACAUCCGCAACUUCCGGUUCAGGAUGUUUACGGACAGCGAUCACGGGAUCAACAGGCGCGGGGCGAACCGGGAGGUGUAUGAGUAUAUGACUGCUUUCUUGACUGAGAAAUGGGGAAAGGGGGGCAGGAAGCGUGGAUGGUAGAUUAUAUUACUUAUCAGGACGUUGGAGAUUGUCUGCAUCUUAUUCAUAUGCUUGCACUUGUUUGGCGA